AUGCAUCACUGAAGUCCUCCCAUGGCAGACUUCAGUUGCACUCUCCCUUUCUUACUCUACCCUUCAAUCUUCCUCAUCCUCUUUUUCUCCUCCAUUAAUCAUCAUCAUCAUGACCUCUUCAAUUUCCUUCAUUUUACUUCUGUCUCUCCUCCCAAUCACUCCCAGAAAAACACAUCGUUUCUCCAAGAUUUUGUCAAUGAAACCCGUGUCAAUAUCAAUGAUGAUGGUGGAAAGAAAUAGAAGUCAUACUGAGGUUAUGGAGGAAGGACUGGCUCGAGCAAGGGCGGCCAUAAAGCAGGCAUCAUGGCGGCGGAGUUACACAUCCAGCCGGGAGGAGAGCUUUGUUCCCAGAGGAGCCGUUUACAAAAACCCUUAUGCCUUUCAUCAGAGUCACAUUGAGAUGGAAAAAAGGUUCCGUGUAUGGCCAUACAAGGAAGGAGAACCGCCUCUCUUUCACAUCGGUCCGAUGAGCAACAUCUACUCCGUGGAGGGACAGAUGAUUGACGAACUCAACGGUGGUGACAGCCCAUUCUUGGCUCGCCACCCUGAUGAGGCCCUCGUCUUCUUCCUUCCGAUUAGCAUUGUCAACAUAGUCCACUUUGUGUACCGUCCUUACACAAAUUUCUCUCGUGACCGCCUUCAGAACAUCGUUAAGGACUACAUCACACUCAUCUCCAGUAGGUACCCUUUUUGGAACAGAAGCUCUGGUGCCGACCAUUUUCUCGUCUCCUGCCAUGAUUGGGCACCAGAUGUCUCGGCUGCUGAUCCCGAGCUUUUCAAGAACUUCAUCAGAGUUCUCUGCAACGCCAACUCCUCUGAGGGAUUUCAACCGGCUAGAGACGUUUCGAUACCGGAAAUUUUCCUCAGAUAUGGGCAACUCGGAUCACCCGGCCUCGGCCAACCACCUAACAACCGCUCCGUGCUCGCUUUCUUCUCCGGUGGCGCUCAUGGGGACGUUAGGCGGAUGCUAUUCCAAUACUGGAAAGGAAAAGAUGAUGAUGUCCUCGUGUACGAGUACCUCCCCAAAGCACUAAAUUACACCCAAUUAAUGGGUCAAAGUAAGUUCUGUUUGUGUCCUAGCGGGUGGGAAGUGGCCAGUCCAAGGUUGGUGGAGUCCAUAUACGCCGGCUGUGUGCCGGUGAUAGUCGCCGAUCACUAUGUGCUGCCGUUCAGUGAUGUGUUGGAUUGGAGCCAAUUUUCGGUUCAUAUACCGGUUGCGAGGAUUCCGAAGAUAAAAUCAAUAUUGCAAGGAAUUUCCGAGGAAGAGUAUUUGAUGAAACAACGGCGGGUUCUUCAAGUGCAACGGCAUUUCCUGUUGAACCGGCCGGCGAAGAGGUUCGACUUGAUGCAUAUGGUGAUGCAUUCAGUUUGGUUGAGGAGGUUGAAUCGGAGGCUACCGAUCAUGUGACUAUAUCACUUUGUAUGACUGAGAAUUUAAUUUGACUUUAGUGCUCAAUUAGUUGUACGCAACAUACCUCUAGCUGUAUAAAAACUACCCUUAGAUGGUAAUAAAGUUUGGUAUUUUCUAGUAAAGACAGUGCAUUGUA